AUGGUGCUCCAAACAAGAAAUCGAAGUUUCCUGCAAGCCUUCUUACUUCUGCUGCUCUGCACAUCCACAUCCCAUGGUACCGAGCAAGAAGCAGGCUCACUUCUCCGGUGGAAAUCUACGUUGUUGCUGGCCAACGGCGGGGACGAGCCAUCAUCCCCUCUGCUCUCAUGGCUGGCUACCAAGCGGACGUGCUCCUGGCGCAGCAUUAUGUGUGACGCUACAGGCCGUGUCGCCGAGCUGAGCCUUCCCAGCGCUGGCCUCCAUGGCACGCUCAGUGCCUUAGGCUUGGCUGCAUUCUCGGCGCUCACUAAGCUUGACCUCCGCAACAACAUCUGUGGCAGCAUCCCAGCAAACAUCUCCAGCCUGACGUACCUUGACCUGUCGCAGAACAGCUUGUCCGGGGAGCUACCGGACACCCUACCGUCGACGAGCCAAAGGAUGAGGUACCUCAACCUGUCCGCCAAUGGAUUAAACAAGCUCACUGGGGUCAUUCCUCCGGAUCUGUUCAUGAAUUGGCCAGAGAUCACAUCGUUCUACGCACAGAACAAUUCCCUCGCUGGAAGCAUCCCUCCAGAGAUCAGCAACGUAUCCAAACUACAGACCUUGUUUCUCCACCGCAACAACUUAUAUGGUAAAAUCACAGUGGAGAUUGGAAGAGUAGCAAGUUUGUGGCGUUUCAUGUUGUCAUGUAAUUCCUUCACUGGACCGAUUCCGCAUUCAGUUGGAAAUCUAACAAGUCUUGUGCUUCUGGGAAUCUUCUGCAACAACCUCAUUGGGAAAAUACCGCUAGAAAUCGCCAAUUUGACGGCACUGGAGUCCCUUGAUCUUGACACCAAUCAGCUAGAGGGUGAGGUGCCCCAAGCCCUCUCAGCCCUCCAGAGCCUUGAAUUCCUCGACAUUAGCAACAAUAAGUUCUCUGAUGUAAUACCAUACCUCAACACCAGGAAGUUGCUUGCCAUCAGCUUAGCAAACAAUAGCUUCACUGGAGUAUUUCCUAUAGUGCUUUGUCAACAGUCGUGUCUUCAAAUCUUGGACCUAUCAAACAACAAGUUAUAUGGCAAACUCCCCCGCUGCUUGCGGAACAUGCAGGAUCUACUGUUCAUUGAUUUGUCAAGCAAUGCCUUCUCUGGGAAUGUCCAAAUGUCAAAGAACUUCAAUUUAUCACUAGAAUCAGUGCACCUAGCGAAUAACGGUCUCAAUGGAGGAUUCGCACAUGUCCUUAAGCGAUGCAGAAGGCUGCUGAUUCUGGAUCUUGGUGAGAACAAGUUUUCUGAUACAAUUCCUUCAUGGAUAGGAUUUAGCAAUCCCUUGCUAAGGGUGCUCAUAUUACGGUCAAACAUGCUCCAUGGGAGUAUUCCUUGGCAGCUAUCACAGCUCUCUUUCCUCCAGCUGCUUGAUCUAUCAGGCAACAGUUUUAUAGGUAUUGAUUUGUCAAGUAACUAUCUCUCUGGUGACAUUCCUCCUGAGUUUACAAAGUUUGUGGGUCUCAGGUUCCUAAACCUGUCAAGAAAUCAUCUAUCUGGCGGUAUUCCUAAAGACAUUGGUAACUUGGUGAUUUUGGAGACCCUUGACCUAUCUUUGAAUGAACUCUAUGGCUCUAUUCCUUCAGGCAUCUCAGAAUUGAUGUCCCUUAAUUUGCUAAACCUUUCCAACAACCAUCUGUCAGGGGGGGCUGGAGCACGGGUAGCCCCCCCGCUGGCUUCGUCGCUGCUUGUGGACCCGUCAAUUUACAGCAACAACUUUGGGCUCUGUGGUUUCCCACUGGACAUAGCAUGUUCAGAUGGUUCAAACUCUACAGCAGCACUGUUUGGACACAGCCAUGCCCAAGAGAUUGAAGCCCUAAUCUGGUAUUACUCUGUAUUAGCUGGGCUGACAUUUGGAUUCUCGUUAUGGUCCGGGCCACUGCUUCUCUUCAAGUCUUGGAGGGUUGCCAUGUUCAGCUGUGUUGACCAUAUACAAGAUAGGGCUGCAAAAUGGAUAUUCGCCAUCUAA